CCGGAAAACUCGUUUCCCGGAGCUUCAGCGAAUAACUAGGUCACGACUCUGACCACCAUUACUAUCGGUAGUUUUUAAUCAGCAAAGCUUAUCGAAUUCGGUCAUCUGAAGUUCGAACCCUAAAAAAAAUCCUAGUUUGGAUUCGAAGGGCUGAGAGCAGAAGGAGGAAUGACAAAGCGGGCAUUCGCGGAGGUCUCAGGGCAUCACGUAGAGCAAUGGAGAUCAAAAAGAAAAGAGGUAGAACUUGACGAAGCUAGUGUGGAGAAUAAUGGUUUCGUUGCAUUCUUAAAUGAAGGUGACGCAGAAGCUCAGGCUGUAGUAGAUUCUGCCGGAAAGAUUGCUGAGGCUUCUACAACAGGAUCGUAUUCGUCCCAGAAGGAAUUUAGCUAUUCAGAUGCGUUACUUAGCAACAAGGCUGAUGCUUUGGCAGGCAGUUCGAGAAGCUGUUCUGAACAAAGUUUAGUUUUUUCAGCAACGACGCCUUACUUGGUACCAAAUAAGGAAUCUCAAAGAUCCAACUUUUUCCAAUCUGGCGAAGCUCUCUUAUCUCAAGUUGAUCAAGCUUUCCCUUCUUCUGAUACUUCAUCAGAAGCUACACAUUCUGCUACAGUGAAUAGAUAUCUUUCAUUAGAUGAGAAAGAUAAUAAUGCAUUCAAAGAAAGUAUUUCCCAUGAAGAGCUUGAAAAUCAGAAUGACUGUAAGAGCACUUUGAAGCUACAAAACACUUCUCUGAAAAGGAAAAAAGAUAGUAUGCCUGAUUUUACUGAAAAUGGUUCAGAGAAAAAGGUCCGUCUAGAUUUUUCUUCGAGCAAAAAUUUGGUUGAUGUAAAUAAUGGUUUGACAGAGCCUGGUGGUGAAUUUUCAGAAAUUCGAAAUAACAUCAAUGGCGAGACUGAUUCACAAUUUUACAUAAAUGAAGGGAUUUUAAGUAAAGCUAUUGCGGCGGAAAAUGAUAUUGUUGACGGGACGUCAAACUACCCCUCACACUCCACCAAAGUUGCCACUGAACAUAAGAUUGAUUCAACACCCCCAGUAACUGAAUGUCGCCAUAACGAAAACUCCGAAAUGGCGUAUCAAAAAACAAUUAAAGAGACAGAAGAAAAUCUUGCCGGACGCUCUGUUUCUUCAACCAUUUCUAUCGAAAUUAACCAGAAAGUUUUAUAUGCUAAUUUCAAAGCGGAGUUGAGCUUGCCUCCAUCACCAAUCACGGGAGUCGUAGAUUGGGUUGUAGGCAAAUCUUAUGGAGACAAUAACCGUUUGGAUUCACUUAAUGAGGAAGAGACUACUUUCUCGUUUCAGACUUCGAACAAAACGAAAGAGGUCCCUAAGUGCGAAAUUGGUUUCGAUUACUCUCAAAAUCUGUCUGAGCACCCUUUGAAGUUCAUGUCAGCGGGCAUUAAUGUAGAUAAGGCAACACAGGGAAAAGAAAGAAUUGCUUCUUCUUUUAGCUUUGCUUCAGAGGAGAAGGAGAAAGAAGUUCAGGAAAUUGGCUCGAUGCCACCGGAAAGAUUGGUGACAGGCGGAGCGAGAAAAAAGCUUCUUGUUCUUGAUCUGAAUGGAUUACUUUGUGAUAUAGUCAAUGAUUAUUAUAGUAAUUAUAGAGUUGAGAAGAAGAUUGGGGGGAAACCAAUUUUUAAAAGGCCAUUUUGUGACGAUUUUCUGAAGUUCUGCUUUGACAAUUUUCACAUAGGGAUUUGGUCCUCAAGGAGGAAAUAUAAUGUUGACAGUGCUCUCGACUACCUUAUGGGGGAGUAUAAACAUAAGCUGCUAUUCUGUUGG